AUGCGAGUUCUAAUUUCUAAAGAAGAAAUUCCCUACACUGACUGGCAUCUACCAAGCAUCUACCUGGUUUUACAGAUGAGUUACUCUCACAAGAAUCUCAUUGGGUUCGGCCAAGCUUGCGGUGUACCAGAUCGUCGAUUUGCAAGAUGCAGGAAUAGCAGCCUCAACUCCGUGGAGAAAUAUAUUAUAGCAGUAUUUGUCGCCAUCGCCUGGUACAAUGCGGCUGAGCUAGUCGUCUUCUGUCUAUCGACGUUUAAGUUCUACCGGGGAUGGUACUUCUGGAGCCUGUUAAUCGCGUCGCUCAGUCUCUUCCCAAUAUGCCUGGGCUACAUAUUCUACAUUUUUUAUCCCGGGAUAACCUAUUAUCUCUCGAUCUCACUGAUCAUUGUGAGCUGGUCCUGUAUGGUAACAGGCCAUUCCCUCAUUCUAUGGUCACGAUUACACCUUAUCAUACGGUCGCCCAGAGUGCUCCACCUGACGCUUGCAAUGAUUAUCAUUGACGCAAUCAUAUUGCAUGCCUCCACGGCAGUCCUCCUGUACGGGAGCCACUCGAAUAAUGCAGUCAUGGCAAGUCGAUGUGCGAGAGGGUAUAAUAUCAUGGAGCGCGUUCAGCUGGUCAUCUUCUGCGUCCAAGAAUUGUUGAUCUCUGGCAUAUACCUGUGGGAAACGGCAAAGAUGCUGCGCUUGCAUCCCGGCCCACUUCACUAUAAAAUUCUUAGUCAAUUCUUGGUUAUCAAUAUCUUCAUCAUAAUACUCGACGUGGCUGUGGUCGGGAUUCAAUUCGCAGGGUACUAUGCGCUUCAAGUGACCUUCAAACCGGUGGCAUACAGCCUGAAGUUCAAACUGGAAUACGCUAUUUUGGGUCGUUUGAUAGCACUGGCCACGAGUCCAUCCAAUUCCGAGCCAUUCCCGUCUAGUUCAUCACAUCCCAUCCCUUGCCGCAUUUCAAGGCAGCCAUCAUUAGAAUUGACUCAUACAGUUUAUAUAGUUCCAUCAAUAUGA